UCGCGUAGCACCAGGUUAGGACAAGAAUUUAGGAUUAGAGGUUAGAAAAGACCAUUAGCUCAAUAUACAAACAACAGAAGUCAAUAGAAAGUCCUCACCGUAGAAAACCAAACGUUUGUGUCUGUGUCUUUGUCAAAUAGAAACAAAGAGAGCAAGACGGAGAGGGGGAAUCAUAUUUCAUAUUCAAUUUCAAAUCCACGCCUUCUGCCUAUCUAUACCAAUUACGCGGCUUAACUGAAUGCAUAACAUUCAUAUGUGAGUUUAUGCACCUUGCAGGCAAAGUUUCAAGGGAACUGCCACCCACCAGAACAGAUCUCCGAGUAGCGUUAGCGGCAGCAGUAGAAGAGAAGAAAGGACGUUCACGUUUGCCUCAUCUCUACACUGCUUUCGUAAAGGUGGAAGAAGCUGAUGGACGUGAUAUUUGCAGACAACUGUUCGUUAGAAUGGUUCGGCUUUGUCGAGGAGACGGAGGAACGUUACAUGUGUUGUCCUGCGUAAAGAAGCAGUGUGAAAGAAGAACAGAUUUCUAUUGCGCUUAUAGUUCAACGCAUCUGUAGAAUGUCGCGUAUCGGUCAAGUCAUGUCUUUUGAAUUCCGAAUACUGAUGUUUGGAAUCGGGACAGCCCUGGUUAUAUUUGUGAUUAUAGCUGAUAUAUCGGAAGUGGAGGAAGAAAUCGCGAACAUUGAGGAUUCACAGAAGUUUCACUUAAAAAGCUUUGUCCUUCAGUCCAACAGAAAUUCAGUCUUGAAUGCUGCUCCUACUUCACUAGUCACCUAUAGAAAAAGCAAAGUCUCUUCUUCUCCAAUUCCACUGCCAUGCAUAAAGAGCAAAACCAGCAAUUCAUCCUCACCUGAAUGGACUUUCAACAGAACCUUGUCUAACCUCAUCAGGAAAAACAUUUUGAGGUUCCUGGAUGCUGAGAGGGACAUCUCAAUUCUUAAGAGCACCUUCAAACCCGGGGAUGUAAUUCAUUAUAUAUUUGAUCGCCAGAGCACCACAAACAUCUCUGAGAACCUGUACCACCUUUUGCCGACGGUGUCUCCAAUGAAGAACCAGCAUUACAAACAAUGUGCCAUCGUAGGGAACUCUGGGAUAUUACUGAAUAGCAGCUGCGGCAGAGAGAUUGAUUCACAUGACUUUGUCAUUAGGUGUAACCUGGCUCCAGUGGAGGAGUAUGCAACUGAUGUGGGCCUGCGCACCAGUCUGGUGACUAUGAACCCUUCUGUGGUGCAGCGUGCUUUUCAGGACCUGAACAGUGAGGAGUGGGUGCAGCGCUUUGUCCACAGGCUGCAGAGCCUCAGCGGGAGUGUGCUGUGGAUCCCUGCCUUCAUGGCUAAAGGAGGAGAGGAGCGAGUGGAGUGGGCCAUCCGCCUAAUUCUUCUGCAUACUGUGAACGUCCGCACCGCCUUCCCCUCCCUGCGUCUGCUCCAUGCUGUCAGAGGGUACUGGCUGACCAAUCAUGUCCAGAUCAAAAGACCCACCACCGGACUCCUGAUGUACACCAUGGCUACGCGCUUUUGUGACGAGAUCCACUUGUAUGGCUUCUGGCCUUUCGCUCAUGAUCCUGAUGGCAAAUCGGUCAAGUACCACUACUACGACACGCUAACUUACCACUACACAUCUGGUGCCAGUCCGCACACAAUGCCUUUGGAAUUUCGAACUUUAAGUGCUCUUCACAGACAGGGGGCGCUGCGGCUGCACACGGGACCAUGUCAACUUCCAACAUGAGCUUUUGCAGCCUCAUUCCAAAUGGUUUCAUACACUGGACCUUAUACAUGCAGAGAGAAAGAAAUGCUGUGAAAAAUAUGGAUUACCCUGAAUAUUUCAGGUAAAUCUCUGACCAAAUGUGAGACUGCAAUAUAUGAACGGUGGGGGAUUUUUUUCUUUUAGAUUUCUUUC